AUGAGAGCCAUAGCAUGGGACCCACACUCACAGGUAACGGAUAUCGUGCACUGCAGCGGCGCGAGACCACAGAAGAAGAAAGCUUUCACCCCGGGGGCCUUCGCGACCGACCUCAAACCUUCCUUCAUUCUGAUGAAGGCGUUGGGUCUGCUGCCCAUAGAAGGCAUGCAUACAGCGAACCCUUCGUUCCGACCAACUUCUGGCAUCUUCGUGUACUCGAUGAUGUGUUACCUGGUGGUGUCUGGCUUGGCGAUCUCUGUCGCUGGCUACGUGAUCGCGCACCUACAAAGGUACCGAGACAAUGACGACGGCAGCAUUUACAUAACGGCCUUCCUUGUGUCCCUCGUGCCGAGCUUAUUCUUGCACCCGUGCUACUGGUUCGAGGUGAAGAAGGUAGUCGCGCUUUUGAAGAGCUGGGUGGAAUUUCAGGAGAUGUUUUUGAGAACUACAGGGACACAACUGAAACUCAGCCUGUGGCGCCUGUCAAUGUUCUUAACAAUGGCGGUGCCGGUAGUCACUUUCCUGGUAGUUAUGGCAGAGCUGUUUGUAUUCAAUUUAGUGCAGCCAAAUCUGGCUGUGGCGUACACUCUCACAAUCAGCAUGCUGGUCUACCACGGCACGGUGUGGCUGCUGCAGUGCAUUGCCAUCUGUCGAUCGUCACAGCUAAUAAAGGAUUGUCUGAAGUUGGCUGCACCUGUAUCCCAAGGUCCACAAGUUUCAAUCGCCAUCUUGGAUUUUGAUGUCAUUGAUGAUGUUACAGAGAGUCCUCUCGGACAGCCAUCUUGA